AGCAUCCUAACCGUGGUGUUCAUUCUCUCUCAGGAGUCCAGAGUUUCUCAUUAAUUGGGUUCUUUCAUUUUCAUUUUCCUCGUCUUCCCUUUCUUCUCAAAUCUGGUGAAGAAAAUACUCAGUUGAAUUUUAGGGUUCUAGCCAUUUUUAACUAGUAGUAGCUAGUGGCUAAGUAGUUAAAGCAGUUUCUCCGACAGCGGUGGUGGUGAUUAGCGACAUUUAUUCGAUUAUUCCCCUUCUUUUUCCGGUAAAGCUAUUGGGCCACAUCCUUCCUAUCCUUUUCUUUUCUUUAAUCUCUGCAACUUUCUAAGAAAAUUUCAUACUUUUGCUUUGUAUUACUACCGGUUCUUGGUCACUCUCUCAUUUACUCUCCAUGUCUCCGUGUCUGCUUUCCGUACUUUUCUUUAAUCUUUACUCAGUUUGGGUUACUUCAGUCUAGUUUAACAUUUUCACAUCUCUCACAUAGGCACAGACACUCUCUUUUUUAGUUCUACUUUCCUUGAAAUUUCUCGUCCUUUAAUGACACUUUUUGAGAGAGAUAGAGAGAGUAUUCAAUCCUCUCCGUUUCAAGCUUCUCUUUGACGUUGUGUUUCUCUCAACUUUCAUUAUAUCCUCUGUCUCUGUUUCUUUAUUCUCCCUCGUGUCCGGUCUCAAAGGAAUCUCCUCCCUUUUCUUUUCUCCCUUAUAUUUCACGCUCUCCUGCUCCCUCUCCCCAACGUUCACUUCACUUUGAAUGCGAAUCUGAAAGAACCCAAAACCUCAAAAGGAAAAGAGAACGAAAAACCCUUCGAAAUGGAUCGAGAUAGUGUGAUGUCAAUGAAUCCAGUCAAGUUCAGUGAGCACCGAAAUCACACCAAACUUGUAAGGCCAUUGUCAAAUCCGGCCCCGGACGCCAAACCACCGAGAGUUGUGCGGAUAUCAGUAACAGAUGCAGACGCUACUGACUCCUCCAGUGACGAAGAAGGUGAGGUCCAUAGGCGACAGAGAAUGAAGAAAUUUGUUAACGAGAUUACAAUAGAGUCAUGUUCAAGCGAAAACGAUGCUACAUGGAGAAGCAGGUCAUCGAGGAGUGGCAAUCGAAAGUGUUCUGCUGGAAAAUCGAGCGGUGGUCCGGUAAGUCUGCGGCCGCUAAAGGUUGCAGCCCCUGGAACAGGCAGGAGGUUCAGAGGUGUGAGACAGAGACCUUGGGGAAAAUGGGCGGCGGAGAUCAGGGAUCCUCUGCGACGUGUACGGUUGUGGUUGGGUACGUACGACACUGCUGAAGAAGCUGCCAUGGUAUAUGACAACGCGGCUAUCCAGUUGCGUGGACCACACGCGCUCACAAACUUUGUUACCCCUCCAGCGAAAUGUUCGCCGCCAAUAAAGCCGACAGUUAGCUCAGGCUACAACUCCGGCGAUGAGUCUCAUAUCAACAACAUUAUCUGCUCUCCAACUUCAGUUCUUAGGUUUCCAUCCUCAACUUCCUCCAACGAAGAAGCCGAAUCUCAAAGCGGCCUUUCCAGCAAAGAAGCCCGAGAAACCAAAGAAGAAUCGAGCGUAUCGGAGAAUUUCUUGGAGUUCUCAGAGUAUUCUUCCAUCAACACUUUGUUUCCCAACGAUAAUUUUGACUUUCAGAGUUCCAUGCGGGACAUAUUCAACGAAACGAGUAUGCUAGACGGAUUUCUAAAAGACGAUUUUGAGGACAUGCUUGUGGACUCCAUUGGGGAUUUCGGUUUUGGAUUCUCAAACUGGAAUGUGGAAGACCAUUUCCAAGAUAUCGGGGAUUUAUUUGGUUCUGAUCCUCUCAUAGCCAUUUGAACCGGCAUUGCUUGUUUGCUAGUAAAUUUUUGUAUCGGCGGGAAGAAAUAUGGAUGUGUUUCAUUAUCAGUUUUUUUUUUUUCUAAUAAUUUUGUUCUGUGUGGAAAUGAGUAUUUUAAUGAAAGAAGACCGUCACGGUAGCGGUGACGGCCGAGAUUUUCGACA